AUGGAUAAACUUAAGGAGAAAAUCAACAAUUUGAAAUUGGAUGCUGAAAAAUGGCAAGAGAAAUCUGACGAUUUGGCCGAAAGGAUUAAAGAGUUGGAACAAGAGAGUUUAGAAAAGGACAACCAAAUUCAAGCUUUAACCAGAAAGAACCAAGUAUUGGAAGAACAAGUUGAGAAAUUAGAGACUAAUCUUGAAGAAAUAAAGAGUACUGCUGAUGAAUCACAUUCUUUGAAAACCUCCAAUGAGAAUUACACUAAGAAGAACCAAGUCUUGGAAGAAGAAUUGGAAGAAGCUGACAAGAAUUUGAAGGAAACCACUGAAAAGUUGAGAGAAACUGAUAUUAAAGCUGAACAAUUGGAAAGAAAAGUAGCUAGUUUGGAAAGUGAAAAGGAGGAACUCGAGAAGAAACAAGAAGAAUUGACCGAGAAAUACAACGAAGUCAAGGCUGAAUUGGACGAAAUCAGUCAACAAUUGGAAGCUAUCUAA